UCUUCAUCUCCACACGCGACGACCGCUGCUGCGAUGCCCUAGGUAAGCUUCUUCUUGGAUCUCUUGAUCCUCUUUCUUUUUCCGGCGAGUGCGACUGCUUGGAGUCUUUCGAUUCAUAUCUGUACCAGUUAAUAGCCCUGGGUAUUGAUACCACAGAAGGAGAAGUUCUAGGCGAUUCUUAAUGGCUCGAUGGGAUGAAAUUUUGACGCUCCCAGUGCAGAACCCACAAACUUUGGAGUUCUCUGCUGCAGAUAUUGUGUGGUCAAGAGUGGAAGGAUGGAGAGACAAAAUGGAUCGGCUUGCGCUUAUUCCCUUCUCAAGGGUGAAUGAUUUUGUACGAGGUGAAUCCAAUAACAAGGAAUGCCCAACCAGGUUCCAUGUUGAAGCACGUAGGAGGCGCCCUCCUCAGAUGGCAUACAAACCAAAAGUCGAUGGGAUUCUUGAGUAUAUUCUAUAUUGGUGUUCGUUUGGGCCAGAUGACCAUAGGAAAGGUGGUGUAGUUCGCCCUAGCAGGCAUUAUACUACAAAGAGGAAAUCUCCUGCUGGACGACCAAACACAAAGAGAGGUUGUGUAUGUCAUUUUAUUGUAAAGAGGUUAAUAGCCGAACCUUCUCUUGCUCUUAUCAUAUACAAUCAAGAUAAACAUGUUGACAAAAAAGGGCUACCUUGCCAUGGUCCUCUUGACAAGAAAGCUGCUGGGACACGAGCAAUGUUUGCACCUUACAUUUCUGAUGAACUUCGUCUUGAAAUUAUCUCACUACUCUAUGUUGGGGUUCCUGUUGAAACCAUAAUGCAGAGGCAUACUCAAAUGGUCCAGAAGCAGGGUGGACCAUGUACUCGAGAUGAUCUUCUCACCCAUAGGUAUGUGCGAAGGUUGGAGAGAAAGAUUAGGCGUUCAGCCUUUGAGCUGGAUCCAGAUGAUGAUGUUAGCAUUGGCUUAUGGAUUGAAAGCCAUAGGGAUCACAUUUUCUAUUAUGAAAAUUUCUCAAGUUCAGAUCCUUUUAUUUUAGGCAUUCAGACAGAGUGGCAACUUCAACAAAUGAUUCAAUUUGGCAACCACAGUAUUCUAGCAUCUGAUUCAAGGCUUGGCACUCACAAAUUAAAACAUCCGGUACACAGUCUCCUCGUCUUUGACUCAAACAAUAAUGCUAUUCCAGUUGCUUGGGUCAUUGCCCCAAACUUUGCAAGUCGGGAAAUAUUUAGAUGGAUGGGAGCCCUUUAUGAUAGAGUUCAUUCUAAAGAUCCAACAUGGCAGUUGGGUGGUUUUAUUGUUGAUGAUCCAUUAGCUGAUGUGAUGUCUAUCAGGGAAAUAUUCAACUGUUCUGUAAUAAUUAGCUAUUGGCGUGUUUUGCAUGCAUUUCGUAAAAGCUUGUUUAAUAAAUGUUUUGAGAGAGAGGUCCGAACUAUGAUGUCAAAACGCCUUGGAGAAGCAUUGUCCAGCAUUUGCAAAGGGCAUGGCGGCAUGGAUCUUUUUGAAGCAUUCAUGGAAGAUUUUGUUGAUUGCCGAGAGUUCUUGGACUACUUUAGUGCUACUUGGUUUCCUAGACUUGGUGCUUGGAUUGCUGCUUUAAAAUUUCUUCCAUUGGCUAGUUCAGAAGCUUCAGCAGCUAUUGAAUCAUAUCAUCAUCUGCUGAAGCUCAGGCUCCUAAAUGAGUUGGACUCGAGUGUUUACCAGCGUGCAGAUUGGCUGAUAGAUAAGUUGGGAACCAAAGUACAUUCAUACUACUGGCUGGAUGAAUAUUCUGAGAAAGAAAGUUUCACCCGCUACUGGAAAGAUGAAUGGAGAAGCGGAUUCACAUCUUGGCAGCAGGCACUCAGGAUUCCUGAUUCUGAUGUUCUCAUUGAUGGCAAAUGUGCCAAAGUUGUGAAUCAGAAAAACCGAGAGAAGCUGCAUGAAGUAUGCAAUCCUGGUUCUGAGUUUGUGAUAUGUGAUUGUGACUGGUCUAGAAUGGGGAACCUCUGUGAGCACGCUAUCAAACUAACUAAAUUCCUUCGUGAUAGAGGAUUGGCUGCACCAUCAUCAAGCCUCAAUGAGUUUAACCGGAUUUUAGCAAGUAUUUUACAUUGUCCACCACAUGAUUCUGUGAUGCGUGAUCAUGCAGUGGCUUUGGCUCUCUCUGUUCAAACACAACUAAACUCACUCAUUGUCCUGAAAAAUAAUAGUGCAGUUCUUAACAAUGAGGUUACCCGGGUCCAGCAGAUAGACGAUGAUACGUUAUUGUCCAAUGUUGAAAAUUCUAAAAAUGCUGAUGAUGUAAGUACCAUGUGUCUGUCAGUUUCCAAUGACACAAGAGACACUUUGGGUAGUACUGAAAACACUGCACUGGAAACUUCUAUUGAUAGAGGAGAUGCUUGUAUGAAAUCUGAGGCAAAUUCAGGUGGCCUGCAACCAAAGAAAGAGUUGGUUACUUCAGUCCCUAUAGACUGUGAUUAUGCAGGUUGAAGUAGCACAUUUGUUUAAUUGAUACUGUUAGUUGGUCAGUGAUUUUAGAUGUGAGUCAACAAUUUGGUGGUUCAACAGAAUAUGACGAACAUCUGCUUUUUCAGUAAUUGUAGUUAAUUGUUUCUCAUUUGUAUUUGCUAUCUUUUUUCUAUGAGUCAGAAUACAAAAAAUGUGUUGAUUAAAGGUGGCAAUUGAAUAAGCAUGGUGUAGAGACAAUUCACAUCCAA